AUGCCUGAUCCUAAUGAAGAAAUAUGGAGAGCUUCAGAAAAAGUGUUUAAAGAAAAAUGGAACUUCCCUCAUUGUGUUGCUGCAAUCGAUGGGAAGCAUGUCCGUAUUAAGGCACCGGCUCAUAAAGGUUCAGAAUUUUUCAACUAUAAAAAAUAUCACUCGGUUGUUUUGCUAGCACUAGUAGAUGGAAAUAAAAAAUUCAUUUGUGUUGAUGUUGGGCAAUAUGGAAGAGUUAGUUAUGCAAGUGUGUAUAGUAACAGCACUAUUGGAAAACGUUUAACAAGCUUAAAUAUGGGUAUACCUCCAGAUGAAGAUUUAGCAGGAAGAAAUUUACCCUAUGUAAUAGUUGGUGACGAGGCAUUUCCUCUUAAAAAAUAUCUCAUGAGACCUUAUCCCAGAAGUGCCCGGCGACUUAGCGAGGAUGAACGUAUUUUCAACUACAGGCUCUCAAGAAGCAGAAAUACUGUGGAAAAUACUUUUGGUAUCCUUGCAAACACUUGGAGAGUAUAUCAUAGCCCAUUAGAAUGUCGAAUUGAACUCGCAGAUAAAGUCAUUUUAGCUACUGUUGUUCUCCACAAUUACACACGUCAAUUAACUACUCAAACCAAUCUAGCGACUGUUGAAGAACAAAUCAACGAAACUAACGUGUUUAUGCCAAUACGAAUUGGUACCUCAUCGAAUUCAAGUAGAGAAGCUUUAAAUGUCCGAAAUUUAUUCAAAGAAUAUUUUAUUUCCAAUGAAGGUCGCGUUGAAUGGCAGCAAAGAAUUGUGAAUCGUACAGCUUAA